UACGUCAGCGCUCACGAGUUGCUCUGAAAUCUCCCAUCGUGGGCAAUCGCCAUUCAUAACUUUCAGUGCUCUGCGAAAGACGGUACGAUAUUGGUCUUUCUAUCAAAUGGCCGGAAGAGAGGAUACAGUAGAAGUUCUAGUUCAAGGCCAGAACGUGCACCUGGCAGAGUACAGGACGGCGUUGUUGUCGUACCUUGAAAGGAAUGGAAUUUUUCUAUGCUGUGAGCCGAUUGUAAUGCAAGACGGGUUGGUUCUAAUACAAAUUCGCAGCAACGAACGACAAUCAGCUUCUGACAGUGCGAGAUUGCUGACCAGUCAACCGAAUCAUAACAUCGAAAAUAUCGUGGUAUUGUUUUCUUUGGUUCAACAGCCUCAAUACUCCAGCAGAGUAGCUUACUUGGCUAGUUCGCAAGAGACUAGCAGUAGUAGUUCAGCGGCGACAACUAUCGGUAGAGGAACGGAUGGAGGAAUAGCGAGAGGACGUGGACUCGGGCGCGGGCGUGGUGGAGUUGGUCGUGGUAUGUGGGGAAACACCCAAGUUGGAAACACCAAUAUUCAAUCUUAUAUUUCUCCCGUACCGCAUCGUUCGGCUGUGAGGCGUCCGAUGUCAACAAUGCAUUCUCUACCAGGCCACGCUGUCAGGCUUUCGUACACUAACGAGGGUCCUUCAUUCAGUGAAGAACCCCAUUUGCCUAGUGUGCCCUUCUCUUUGAAUUCGAUGUCGUCACAAGACGUUGGUGCAACUUAUCUACCUGCAGUGUUGCGAAACGCGAGUGCAGUUGGUAGGAAACUGCUAGGAGGCAGUGUAGACUGUGGUUCACUUGAAAGGAGAGUUGGCGAGUCUGUAUUCAAAUCAGAAUUUGACAAAACUCUUGAACCAAUGAUGGAAGACACAUCAGCUACCGACACGUUUCCUUCUUCUGACUCCAUAGGUCCUACUGAAGGUAUAGACGUUAUAACAGUCAAGGAUCUCCCUCAAGGUGCUACUCGUCAAGGCCUAGCAGACGCAGUUAAAUCAGCAGUCAAAAAUGCAAAUUCAAACGUUACUUGUGAAGUCAAGGUUGUGGAAUGGUCAAACAGAUCAGCAAAAGUUCACUUGAGCGAUAUGAAAGCUGUUACCGCGUUGUGGCGAGUAAGACACAAACCGUCACCGUCUAUACGGUAUGAUGAUCAGGCGCUAUCCUGGGACUUGGCUGUGCCAGAGAAGUAUGAAGAAGACCGCAUCUUAGUAGAAGGAUUACCUCCAGAAAUAGACGAGGAUAAUCUAAGAAUGCACCUUAAUGACAGCGACUGUAUUCUCAGUAUACGAAGCAUUGAUUUCACGAUUGUGAUUCAAGAAGACAAAUCAAAGGCUGUCAUAAAUCUUGAUGAUAAUGUUGCAGAUGCACAUUUCGUGGAAAAUCUUAACACGACCUCGUCAUUUUACGAAGGAACAAAAAGCACACACCUUACGUAUCAUCUCAUUCCCAGCUCACGAUCUUUGCUAGUUCAAGGACUAAAUGCAAACGUCCACAAGGGUAGUCUGCGGAGUUACUUCAACAAUAUUUCACUUGAAGGCAUGAAUAGAUCUCCGCUAAUUGAUGACAUUGAGAAAAGGGAAAGUGGAUCAGCCGUGGUGAAACUCAGAACUUCUGAAGACUGCAGGGCUGUGAUGAGUUUGUCAGCAAUGCCUUCAAUUGGGCAAGAAGGUAAACGCCCAACUGUAAGCAUCUUGUCAGAAUAUACUUGUGCUGCUGCAGACAGUACGGUUACAGACGACAAAUCUAUUGCUACUUCCAAAGUUGAAGAAACUGAAAGUGUUGUUAAUAUUCCUGUUGAAGAGGUGGCUGUGACUAAUUUUAUUUGGAACAACAGCAAAUACCGGCGGCGCUUGAAGAGCCACCUUGAUUGCGAAGAUUGUGAUUUUGAUGAUUCGAAUUUGUCAAUAUCAAAACCAAAAUUAAGUGUUGAUGAGCUUCACAAAAAUUUUCAAGAGUUUACAGAUCGUUUCUUAUGCAAGAAACUGCAGAUUUUGGAGAAUAGUCUUUGGCAGAAAUCGGUAAAAUUUGUCAGGGACGAACUUAAUGCGCGCUCUGGUGAAGUCGAGAUAGUGGAAAGAGAAGAGAAGUUAGAAAUAGAAUUUGUUGGUCCCGAAGGAGAAGUAACACCGUUCUAUCAUCACUGUGCCGAUCGCAUCAGUUCGUGGAGAACGGAAUUUGAAGAAGCAAAUGCUGAGACUAAAGAAAGAAUUUCCUUGCUUUCAUUGUCCCAUGCCCGUAUACUAGAACGCACCUCAUUUUACCAAAAUACACCAGAAGCUUUAAUGAUUAAGAUCGAAUCUGUUGGCAGCCAAGCUAGUGUGUAUUUGCAAGGUCCGCGGAAUCUUGUCAUAAGUUUCAAAGGCGAGAUGAUGAAAAUAGUAGAAUCAAUGACAGAAACACAAGUGACUAUAGAUGUGAAAAUUGCCAAUUUCUUGAAGUUCACAGGUAUUGAUAAGCUGAACGCACUCAUGGAAGACUCUCAAGUUCUCGCUUUAUGCAUACACGUAGACGAAACGUUCUUGCGUAUUGUUGGUUUUCCCGAAGCUACGAGUACUGCUACAAAUUUGAUUAGAGAAACGUAUUCUUGCCAACGAUUGAGGGGAAUGGAAGAUGAAGAGGUACAAGCCUUUCUACGAACUGACGAAUACAACCAAUUUGUAACAUCAAUGAUUAUGGAUGAAUCGGUGAUGGUAGAUCCUCACUACGAGGAAAUCAAAGAGUCGGCUGCACCUGUAACCCUUAUAAUCGUCGGAGAAACGUCUGCCGUUCAAACCUCAACGAAAACGCUUGAAGACUUCCUUCUGAAUGGUGUAGUGUUUACCGAUCGAGUUGAACUCGAUCACCCCGGAUUUGCUAAAUAUCUCACUUUGCAUAAAGAUGAUGAUCUGAACCAAUUGAAGGCACGACUCAGAGAAUUCAAACCUGAAAUUGACGUGAGGUUAAGAGAAGAACUAGUCGUAGUGCAAUCAACAAAGUCAGGGUUAGGCAAGCUAAGAGAUGGAAUAAAACGAUUAGUUGACACAAUCGAAUCCGAAGAGUUUGAAAUCAAGCGUCAUGGCUUAGUGAGAUUUCUGAACAGUUCUGCAUUUAGACAAGAACGUUCCCAAAUUGAAAAGAAACACAAAGCGCUGUUGUGGAUGGAUGGAGACGAAGAAGAAGAAGAAGAGAGCAUAGGAACCAUCUCUGGUCGCAGGUUUGUUGCCAGUGGCGGAAUGACUAAACUAUUGAUGGAAUACAAAGUACCCAAUAGCGGCAAGGUUAUGGCGCUCUACACGGGAGAUCUUUGCAGUCACAAUGUUGACGUCAUCGUCAAUGCAGCGAAUGAGGACUUGCAGCACGUCGGUGGACUAGCCAAACACAUUGUGGAUCGCGCAGGAAAAUCAGUGCAAGAUCAAUGUAGACUUUAUAUCCAAGAGCACGGUUCGUUACCGACUGGUGACGCUAUGUUUACCAACUCUGGACGUCUUACUACAACCAAAUAUAUUAUUCACACAGUAGGUCCUAAAUGGCCACCCAAGAUCCGUGAUACGGUUGCACGAAAGAAAGUUGAAAAACUACUGCAAAACGCAGUUAGUUCGUCGUUAGAACUGGCAACUAAUUUAAACUGCAAGAAGGUUGCGCUUCCGGCGAUAAGCGCUGGUGUUUUUGGAUGUCCAAGUGAGAUUGUUGCAAAAAAUGUUGUGCAGUCUGUUACUGAAUACUUCAACGAGACGACAUCGACUACGAUUACUCAGGUUCACGUCGUAUUGCUGGACACAGAUACGCAAAAUGUACAAUGCUUUAAGGAAUGCAUGAAAAAGAAUCUCAAUCCUAUAGCAAAAGUCUCUCCUCGUGAGAAUGUAGAUGUCGUUCGAGCUCCUCAGAGAGACGUUCUAAAUAGUUCUGAAACAAGUUGGACAAAAGAACUUGUCGGAAGAGCUCGCUCGUUUUCACGCCCAUUUCAAGUGUUUGUCAACCCUGGAGACAUUACUAACGAACAGACCGACGUCAUUGUCAACUCUACAAACAGUGAUAUGAACAUGAGGUCAGCUUUAGCGUCGAAGAAAAUUUCUGUAAAAGCUGGUCCUGGUCUUCAAAGUGAGUGUACUGACUAUGUCGAUGACAAUGGUCCGUUGGCUUUAGGAAGUGUCUAUACAAGCGGAGGAUACAACUUGUCUUGUCAACAUGUUAUUCAUGUAUAUUGUGCAAACAGUGCGCAGGGUCUUGCUAAAUCCGUAGAGAACUGUUUGACAGAAGCGAAUAAAGUAGCUGCCAAGUCCGUGUCUUUCCCUGCUCUUGGAACGGGCGCGAUGGGGAUGGCUGAUGACGCUGCUGCUAAAGCAAUGUUCGAUGGUAUUGAAAUGUUUGCAGCAAACGGACCGUCAUCAGUUCGUCAAGUCAAUCUAGUCAUUUAUGAUAAGCCAAGGAUUCCAGUAUUUACGAGAGAGAAAAUGAGACGAGAAGGAGAGGAAACCGACGAAGGCGAUGUUGAAGUGGCGACUCCUGCGGUCGGUGGCGUCCGCUUUUCUAACGGAACCACAUUAUCUGUAGAGCAAGGAGACAUUACAAGUGACGCGUCUCAUGUCAUAGUGGCACCUACUGGAGUUGUAUUUUCUGCAGUUGCUCGAAAGUCACCAGAAACGAAUAGAGAUCUUUCUGUGCGUUACCAAGGCCAACCUAAUCCUGUAGCAGAUCUCACUGCUGGUAGUCAGCUCGUUUGCCGCCGUGUUUAUGCAAUAUCUGUUCCACAUCGAUCUCGCAAGGCUAGUGAUGACGAAUGCAUCCGAACUAUUCAAUCUGUAGUGAGCCAAUGUCUAAAUUUAGCCAACACUGCUGGAUAUUCAUCGAUAGCUAUUCCAGCAAUUGGCACUGGAGGUCUUGGCUAUAACAACAAGCACACCGCAGCUGCAGUUACUGAGGCGUGCAAGACGUUUGCUGCCAAAAACUCUGCACCCAACAUAAAGUCGGUCAAGAUUAGCGUGUUUGACGCUCAUCGAAUUGGUGACUUUCAGAGCGAGCUUCAGCAACGCAGUUUGCAAAAGUCUGGAGGGUUUUGGCAAAAGAUGACAAGCGGGGUGCGAGCAGCCGUAAGUAGUAUUUUUAGCAGUGGGCAACAGCCAUCCAAACCCAAACGUACCAGAAAACCGCUGAAGAGCUUUUCUGCGGGAGAAGCUAAUUCUGUUGCUUUCACGGUAAUUGCUGACACUCGCCGUACCUGCAAAAUUGUGCAGCAAGAAGUAAAUGGCGUUGUCGUCCGCUUCUGCAUCAACAGCGACGAAGUUAUUGAAAAAGUACCUCAAUCAUUUGAAGAAACCGAGCUUAAAGGCUUCGCUGCUAAAUCGGAAGUAGCUCUACAGUUUACUGUACAAGAUCCCAAGGAAGGUACAGCGAAACUGACGCUUUCUGGAUUUACAGAAGAUGUUGCAAAAGUGCAUACGGAGGUUCUCCGUUGCUUAAACAAAGCUCUGAGGGAUGACGCUGACACAGCUGUAAAGGAAAAAAUUAUGGGAACUGUUCGGUGGUCUUGGGAGGACGACGAUGGCGCAUUUAAAGAAUACUCGCCAGAAGUGACCGUCAAAUUGGAAACAGCACUGGAGGAGGGAGACAAUGUUGUGAAAUUUGACGUAAAAGAUAUAACUUAUGAAGUGGACGUUUCUAAAAUGAUUCAAAGAGGGUAUGGUAGAAAAUCAAGGAAAGUUAAAAGAGAACCGAGGAAUCAAGAGAGUAGUGGGGAACUUCCAUCAUUUUGGGUUGAUCCGAAUGGUGGCGGUCAUGACUAUCCCUUGUAUAAGCACAAACUCGCACCAACUGAUCCAGAAUUUAUAAAAGUCAGUCAGGCGUUCACAUCUACAGGUGGUGCUGGAAGAAUUACGUGUAUAGAGCGUAUUCAGAAUCCCAAGCUAUACAGAAGUUACAUUCAAGAAAAACAACACAUUGCGAAAAAACGUAACAAAGAAAUUCAGUUGAAAACAGCUUUUCUGGAACUCCCCGGAUUCCACGGAACUAACACACAAGCAAUUGAGCAAAUAAUCUCUGCCGGUUUCAACAGGUCGUUUGCCGGAUCUGCAGUUGGGACAAGGUUUGGACUCGGAGUAUACUUUGCAAGGAGCGCAAGCUACUCGUGCGGCUACUGCAGAGCAGGUCUGAACAAUGAAAAGAAGAUGCUUUACUGUGACGUACUGCUAGGGAUGGUUGCUGUUGGAAAUCAAUCAAUGGUGGAGCCUCCUAUCAUUAAUUCAGCAGUUAGUGUGACUGACAGGUACGACUCAACGGUAGACAACACGGCAAGUCCUUCGAUCUAUGUCAGCUGUUACAGAGACAAUAUGGCCUAUCCAACGCAUGCUAUAACUUUUGUGUAGUUAGCAUGCAUUAUAUAAAUGUAGACUAUGUUACAUUAAUUGCAUGCAAGUUGCUUGGAGAUGUAAACUCGCGGAGCUGGAAGUACUUGGUGUUUUUUGUUUGGUCUGAUUUAGCGUAGCAGGUUUUACGCAGUAUUUACGGUAGCUAAGAGGGUAUAAACUAAGUGUCGUUUACGCAAUUUUAAAAAUUUGAUAUU